UAUGUCAAAGUCAAAAUACGCCCAAUAUAAAUGUUUAAUUGAAUCCUAAAUAAAAUUCAAAUAACAAUUUUCAAUUAAAUUAUAUUACAUUUUAACGCAGCGAAACCAGGGCGAUUAAUCAUUAAUUUCUACAUAGUCAUAUCUUAAUCUAUUCUAAUGGCAUGCGAACAAACGUAGUUACGUGUCUUUAGCCCAGUUAAACAUCAAAUGAGAUAUCAAUGCGAUCUUCUGUGAGCUAUAUUUUAUCACAUGCACCUGGAGAGUCGGUGAUGUCGCACCCUGACUACUCGCAGCACGCUCAGCACCAUGCCUGCCUGUUGGUGUUGGUAAAAGGUAUAGGCGGGAUGCUGAAGAACUUCAACAAACUAUGGGAGCGGAUACAAAAGGUCAAUAACAUCAAAGUUACUGAUUCUAAUGGUCAAGUAAGAGACAUUUGGGUACGCUAUGUACGAGAUUAUCCAGUGGAGAACAAUGACUGGGGAGACUUUCAAACCCACAGGCGUCUCUUAGGCCUGAUAACAUUAAGUAAGUUCACAAACCAAGUGGAGCUGAAUGAAGUGUGCAGGGUCCAUGAAUCUCUUAAGGUCAAAUAUAGUAACACCCUGUUUGAUUCACGGGCAUUCAUGUUUGGGCCCUUCAGCAAUAUGAAAAAGCCGGAGCAGGAACCGGAGACUUACAUGUUUGAUGAUGAUAAGGUGUUCAGAGAUGGAAGUGCAAGUGAGAAGACUUCAAUACCAAGUGAACCAACAGACAGCUUAUCAUCCUCAGAAAGUUUUCCACAAUCUACUUCUUCCAAUGCCUCGUAUCCAGUGCAGGAAGAAAAUUUCACAACUCCUUCUAACUUCAAAACCACAGCCAUGUUCUAUGGCGAAAAUGACCCCGUGCCAGACUUGGAACAAAAUGUAGCUGAUUUGAUAAACGCACUUUAUUGGGUGGUGGAGUCAAAACGUCUUGAAAGGGCAAAAGAGAAACUUGAGAAAGUAUCCCUUCUUUUGGCUCCUUUUGAGAAGAAAGACUUUGUUGGCCUUGACAUGGAGUCCCGUAACAACAAGAAGCGCUGCAUGGGCCGAGUGACAAAGAACUUAGCUGAUCUGACGCUGCAGGCGGGACUGGUGGCAGACAGCCUGAGUCUGUACCACAACGCGGCGGAGAUACUGAAGGCCGUCAAUGAUUGGCUGUGGCUAGCUGCGGCUAAAGAAGGUCUCUGCGCAGCAUCAGCCAUACUUCUCUAUCCGAAUUUACGGAACUCCACGCCCCUUCAACGAAACGCGAGUUUGCAAGAGAGUUCACCAAACAAAGUGAAGCCGCUAUCCCUAUACCAAUCAAAUGAACCGUUCCGGAAAUACAAAGUUACGUCAUCGCCUUUGCGAUCUUCCAAAACGUCUAGUCCAGUGAACCCUCCAAGCGAAUUGACUCCGUCAUCGUCUGAAAGUGUGGAAACAUCAUCAAGACAAUCUGAGACUGACAACGCUGAUUCGGAGUCCUUAGCAUCGUCAAGUGACAUCGAAUAUCAAAGUCAGAAGUCCUUCUUAGGCACAGAACUGCCGUCCAUUCCAAGACAACCGUCACAAAUUAAUAUUCAAUAUCUUUUAAAUGGUGAAGAAAUCGCUGAGAAAUAUCGGAAAGCUAUUAUCCAUUAUAGUAAAUAUCAGAAUGCCGGUAUAAUAGAAACGGAAGCCUGCUUCAAGGCGGCCAGAAUAGCGGUUGAACAGAACAACAGUUUGCAUGCCUCCAGUUUUCUCCAAAACGUAAUAUUUAUUAACUUAACUUUGAGCGAACAGGAAAAGAUACAGAGAUUCGACACUCUCGCGGAAUUAUACAAAGAAAUUGGCUUCUUACGUAAAGCGGCGUUCUGCCAACGCCUAGCGGCCACACGGCAAGUGAGCGCGCACAACCCCAACCCCGACUGGCAGCGGUGCUACUACCUGAUGCUGCACAGCUUCCCGGGACACCGCCUUAGCUUGGACCCCAACUACGUCAUACAGCACCAAGUUGGUUGGCCGGCGCUACAAAUCCAGUUACUCCAAGAGCUAGUGGUGGCCGCGCGUCGCAUGGGCCACCCGGCGCUGGCCACCAGACACAUGACGUUCCUGCUGCAGACCAUGUGGCCGCAUUUGUCCCGCCAGGAGCAGAGAGACAUGGCCAUACAGUUACAGGCAUUGUCAGCUCAAUGCGAAGGCGGACCGGUUCCGCUGGUUUUGGAGACAGGGGAGGUGAUCCCCCCCGCCAACCUCACGCACGUGCCGCAGUGCCGCGCCUUCUCCCCCCGCCCGCCGCCCGCGCCCCGCGCACCCCAUCUCGUCAAACUGAAGCCUCAGCCCGGACCGUUUAUAUUUACACCGAUACACUUUGGCAGCUUGGAGAGGAAGAAUAAAAAAGAUGAAGGGAAAAUGGAAUACUUGUGGGUGGAGGACGAUAUAUGCGAGGUUCAGAUGAAGCUGACCAAUCCUUUGCCGUUCGAGCUCAAGGUGUCCAACAUGCGGCUCCUCACUUCCGGCGUCGUGUUCGAGUCUAUACCAGAGACAAUCAUACUUUCACCCGACACCCCGACCACAGUAAAUCUCCACGGCACGCCAAAAGAAGUGGGCGAGUUGCAAAUACUCGGUUAUUCCACGCACACUUUGGGUGUAAAAUCUAACUGUCGACUGAAAAACAUGCCAAUGCCCAACAAAUUCCCCGCGUCGUUCACCAUAGAGGUUAUCCCUAGUUUACCGACGAUAACCAUAGAGACGAAUGUGGCGCCCUCUAGAAGUUCGACAUGCUCGAGCCUAGAAAACGUUGGCAGUGUGACGAAUUUGUCCUUGUACAAUGGAGAGAGUACUGACUGCACUAUGAGGAUAACUAACACUAGUAAUGUGCCUAUAGAAUAUUUAGAUAUCGCUAUUCAGUCAAACACGGACGCCCAGUUCCAAUCGAAAGUGUUCCAAUAUUCCAACGAAGACAUCCAAUCACAGCUCCCUAUACCCCCAAACGAGACAGCUACAAUUAACUUGAAGCUUUACGGCGAAGCGGAUUUCCUGGACCCAGGGGGAGUGGGGGGCGACAACCUGUUUCCUAACAGUCUCACGUCGAAUUACCCCUCAAGGGUGGGCUCCCCAGUGCCUAAUACGCAGACGUCUUUGCCUACUCAAAGCUCGAACCAGCAAACGUCUUUGAGUAGCGGACUUAUGCCUAAUAGGACUUCGAGUUUUAGGUCAACAAACUCCCACGCAACUAGUUGGUCAGCUCCUAUUUCCGUGAUGCCGCCCUCAAGAGGAAGGCAAAUUGAGGCUCAGGUCGUGAUAAGAUAUUCCGGAGGCGUGGGCAAGGAGAUGCAUUGUCGCCAGUCGACGGUGCAGAUCAAUCUAGAGCUGCUGCCCAGUGUGUCCAUCACGCAUUGGGACGUGUUGCCGGCAGAAACUCCCAGCCAGCUGUACCUGGUGCUGGACGUGCGCAACCUGACGGCGGAGGAGCUGGAGCUGCAGUACGCCGCGCGCCGCCGCAUCCUCAUCGAGAGCGGCGAGGCGCGCCGCGUGCCCGUGCCGCUCGACCGCUGUCCCUUCACUGCCGCUUCACCGCCCCGCGACACGGAACAUGACAUGGACACAAAAUCGAUAAGCACACAGUCAUCGAGCAACAGCCUGGAGCUGGCGUGCUCGGAACACAUCAGCAGCAGCGCGCGGCUGCGCUGGCGGCUGCAGCUCAGCGCCGCGUGCGGCCGCGCCAGUCUGCGCGGCAUCACGCUCUCGCAGGCCAUGCGGGACAUCGUGCGCAUGUCGCCGCUCAACUGGGAAGUUAGCCUGAACCAACAGCACAUAAAGCCUCAAGAAGAGUACUCCUGCACGGCGGGAGAGUGUCUGUCACUCGGAGUGGCCGUCAGCAAUCACCUGCAGAGGCCCCUAAAGAAGCUGUGUAUAUCUGUGCAGUUCUACCAAGAUUAUAACAACGGCGAACUGAGCUACAAGCUGGACAGUCGACUCGCCACUGCGGGCAAUAACAAAGUGGUGGUACCAUCGCUAGCGGAGUCCGGCAGGGCCUACCACGAGUGCACAGUGGUGUUCCUGACGCCGGGCGAGUACAAGCUGGACAUCCGCUGCUCCUCCGCGGAGCCCUUGCUCGCCUCUGACGACUGCGGCCUGUGUGCGGACGAGGGCGGACACGUGUGGCGGUUCAUACCGCCUGUAGCUAUAAGCGUCACCGAUUAACUUGAUACAAAAUAAAAUUAUUAUGAUAUAUAUAAUAUAAAAAGACUACCGGCUCGUCCCGGUCUAACUCGGGUAAAAAUAUAAUAAUUUGUACACCUAAACCUACCUCUUUAAUCACACUGUAUAUUAGUAAAAACCGUACAAAACUCGGUCCGGUAGUUUUUAGGUUUAUCGCGAAUAGACAGACGCGGCUGAAGUUUUUGUUUUAUAAUAUGUAAAAAUAAGGAAAACGUCGCGUGUGUGUCUAUCUUUAUGAACGCUAUGUGUCAAAAAUUACCGGACGAGUUUUUGGAGGAAGGUUCAGGUAUAUAAUUUAUUAUGGUUUUACCCGAGCCGGAACUGGCCGCUAACAAUAAAUAAGUAAACACAUGGACAAAAUAACAUAGAUUGAGUUAGCCCCAAUGCUCUAGACUUGUAUUAUUGGAUACAAACUCGAUGAUGCUAUAUUUUAUAACAUCACCCUUUUAUUUAAAUAAGUUUAAACCACUUUUAACGUUCCAAGAGAAAAGGUAACUUAUGGUGGGAAAUCGCUUACGACGUUUCACUUGCUCAUUUUUAUCAUAAAUACAUACAUCGUACACAAAUAGUACAUCGUAAGCGACUGCCCUCCAUGGCACCUUCUCUGGUGGAGGUCACAAACAUUUUUUUCUCCACAAUGUGAAGUAUUGAUUGAAUCGUGCGUGUUGCCGUUUCGUAGUUUUCCGUAGAUUUUGAUAUUAGUACGUCUAAUCUUCAUACAAUUUCUGUGUUGUCCGUUGACGAAGCAAUUGGUACCAAAUUCGGUUUUAUAACUUUCAUAAGAGGGUUGGGGUGAAUAUCAAUAUUGCAAUUAAGUAUUGAUCUAGCAUCAUUGUACAGUCAACAGAAAUUCAUUGCAAACUCACCGCUAUUACCGCGCCAAAGAGGUUCAUGCAGGGUAACUUUGUUCUGUUGACUGUACCUAUGUACUAGACAUACAAAACACUGAAACAAAAUGCUACUAAAUAAAUGAUCUGCGAACCAAAAAUGGGAACCUCUGGUCGCUGUAUUCUUAUGUAUUCAUACAGACUAUUGGAAUUAUAGUUUAUCAAAAUACAUAUAAAUAAAUAAAUAUAAUAUUGUUUUAUGAUCACAAUUACAACUUCUCUUAUUCACCAGAUGUAAUUAUAUUUUAAGCUGACAAAUAUAUAAUGGAAAAUUACUCAUGAAAAGACUUGAACCUUUAGUAAAGGAUUUUCUCUUGUUGUAUUUACACAGAGUGUUAGUCAAAUAUAGAAUUCAUUGUUUUUUAUAAAUCAUCCCACAUAUUUAUUAUGAAAAUGUUAAUUGGUUAAAUAAAUAAUAUUUAUUACAUC